CAUUGAAAUGUGUAAACAGAAAACUUUUUUGCUAACUAAACAUCGUGAAUUCAUAGUUAUGUGUUUUAACAAUAAAACAAUAUGGCGGCUUAUUUUUAGAUAAUUCUUAUAACGGUAUAUUAUACGAAAAUUAUUUAUGUUACGUGUUUAAAAUAGAAAUCAAGAUGACGACUUAUUUUAAUGGAAGUCUAAGUGAAAAUAUAACUUUCAAAGACGAUCUGUACGAAGUGUUCAAAGCAAGAGAAACCGAACAAUUUCUCAUUUAUAAAAUGAUUGCUUAUAUCUUUGGUGCUCUUAUAUUUUUGAGUAAUAUAACAGUUGUCAUAUCUAGCGGACUGAUCUUAAAGAAAGACAAUCAACGAAGAAGUACCUACCUCCUGCUGGGAAAUGUGUCUUUAGCGGAUAUGAUCAUAGGUGUAUCAAUCAUGUUCGGCGUUAGUAUAGAAAAUCCCAUGAGCUGUAAUCCACUCUGUAUAUUUCAAAUCGGUAUGAUCGUAUGUCCAGCCAUGGUCUCCAUAUUCACCGUUGGCUUCAUCGCUGUGGAUCGCUACAUUUAUAUACUCCAUGGCUUGUAUUACCAGAAAUGGUUUACUACGACGAGAGUCAGAAUAAGCAUUCUUUGUAUUUGGCUGAUAGGCAUAACUCUCUCAUUUAUCCCAGCGAGCGGGUGGAUAAAUACCGAACUAAGGCACUCGAGGUGUUAUUACGUUACCCUUUUUCCUGGAUCACUUAUCUUACUUAAUUCACUACUGAGUAUUAUCCCCAUCGUACUUGUAGCUGUUCUGUAUACUAUUAUUUUAAUAAGAGCUUUGAGAAAUGUAAGAGAAAUAAAAACAACUAUAAAAAACGUGGGAGCGAAAUCAACCAACAAUGAAUUACGAAUUCACAUGGGAGGUGACAGAAUUUUAGGGAAAUAUACUCAGUCAGUAAAAUAUCCGACCUCAAAUAAAUUUAAAAUUCAAAGGACCGCUUCAUUCAAUGAAAAUUACAACUAUAACAGACCACGAUCAGAAAUCUUCAAGAUUGAUGAGAAAUCUAAAAGUACAGUGAAUUUAAACGAAAGAAAUGAUUUUCAAACAAGCAAUUCCUCAACUUAUAAUCAAAACAAUAGAGAUAGUUGUGAAUCAGAAUUUAGCAUUUAUUCCAUCAGUUCAAGGAUACCAGAGCAAAACGUCCACGUCAUAUCAUCGGAGGAGUCGCGUGACAAGAAAGCUGAUGGCACAAAGCGAAAAGUGCAAAAAAUGAAGGAACCAAACAAGUGGAGAGCAAUCAUAAUUGUGAUGCUGACGUCAGGAAGUUUUAUAUUUACUUGGAUGCCGUUUUUCAUAACUGUCAUAUUUUUUGUUUUCUGCGAGGAAAAACUCACUAAUCCCAAGUGCAUGCACCUCAGAAUGAUGCUGAGUGGACCGAUAGCGACCCUAGCGUUCCUGAAUAGCAUCCUCAAUCCCAUGAUAUACGCCUGGUGGCACAGAGGAUUUCAAAGAUACAUAAAAAAUCAUUUCCGCAGAUAUAUCUGGAAGUUUUUUCAAAAGUCCACUAUAAAAUGAAUUUAAAGACAUAUAUAUUUUGUUAUUUAAUUAACGCUAACAUUUAUUUAUGUGCAAUAAUUUUGUAUUUAACUAGAAUUAAUUAUUAAUAUAAAUGUAUAUUUGCUUGCAA